AUGGGGGAACAAUCGACCAAAGACAUAGGUGUCUAUCUAUCGAUAUGUCUAUCCAUUUUUGAAAGGAUUAUUUUUAUUGGCUACAAGGUAUCUAUCUAUCUAUCUAUCUAUCUAUCUAUCUAUCUAUCUAUCUAUCUAUUUCUGCCAGUUAUGACCCAUGACACUAUCUAUCUAUCUAUCUAUCAAUCUAUCUAUCUAUCUAUCACAUUCCAGCUAUAUCAGAAUAAUACGAUAGGCAUUAGUUUGUACCCUGCAAUCUAUUUAUAUCUGACUGGUUCUCCUCCCUCUCUCUCUCUCUCUCUCUCUCUCUCUCCUUAUCUAUCUAUCUAUCUAUCUAUCUAUCUAUCUAUCUAUCUAUCUAUCUAUCUGAUUCUUUUUCGUAGAUAUCUGACUGGUUCUCCUCCCUCUCUCUCUCUCUCUCUCUCUCUUAUCUAUCUAUCUAUCUAUCUAUCUAUCUAUCUAUCUAUCUAUCUAUCUGAUUCUUUUCGUAGAUAUCUGACUGGUUCUCCUCCCCUCUCUCUCUCUCUCUCUCUCUCUCCUUAUCUAUCUAUCUAUCUAUCUAUCUAUCUAUCUAUCUAUCUAUCUAAUCUUACAUUCUAA